UACCAACAGAAUGGCUUGAUGGUGGCUUGCUUCAAAGGUUUCGUGGACAUUGUAUAUGGGCUCCACAACUGUCCCUUUAUAGACAUAAAUCACCAGGACAAUGAAGGCAACACCGCUCUGAUGAUUGCAUCCCAAGCAGGACACGUCAACACAGUCAUGUUCCUCCUAAAUUACUAUCCUGGUACAGACCCUGAAAUAAAGGAUUGUCGAGGUUUCACGGCCCUCAUCAAAGCUGCUAUGACCGGCCGCAAUGACGUCGUGGCUGCCCUUGUUAUGGCUGGAGCUGACAUUCAUGCAGUAGACACCACAAGAGGAAAAUGCGCUCGGGACUGGGCACUGAAAACAGGUCGCUAUGAGACUCUCUAUCGUCUCCGACGCCUCAAUAUGCGACCAAAAGCUGAGCAGUUCUGUGAGAGUUAUGUCCCUGAGUGGCCUGAGCUUAAAGCGAGAGUAGCCAAGGCCACAGCUGAGAAAAGUGCCACGGGAAAAAUCACCCAGCACCUCAAAAAUACAUUCGGGUUCAGACUUCCUCGUGACCCCCAGGAUAACGGGUGCUUGGACCACAUGGUGCGCAUGACCACCAGUGUCCACAGUCCCCUUAUUUCGACUGGAUGCCACCCACUGUGCCCUACAAGCCCUCCUGAGGUUGGGAAGAGACGCCAGGCUGUGCAAGAGCUGGUGAAGAAUCACCCAGAGAAGGAAUUAGAAGAGAGCUCAGUGUGCCAUAGCAACGGCUCAGUUUCACACAUCAUUCCCACAAUCUACUCUGCAGAGUCCAUCUCUACAACGUGCUGUGCCGACACUGAGCGACGAGGCAGCAUCCUCUCAUUGGCUUCCGCCAAAGUUGCGACUACAUUUAUUUCCCGCAGUAUGGCGAGAAAGAACAGCGUAUUCCCCUCGGGCUGCAUCCCCAAAAUCAACGUCAGCAGGCCUUCAGAGGCAACACCAAAGAAAGAAAAGAAGAAGAAGAAGGAAAGGGGCUUCUUGGAACCACCCAACCUGCUGGUGGAGCAUGUUAGUAAACUGUAA